UUUACUUUUCUCCGUGUGCCUCUCUUCCUGGUUGCAUGGCCGUGGUGGACGCUAGGCGUCAGAACCCAGGUUCCUCGACGCUCAUAGGAGUCUCAACUUGGUGAAAGCCUUCGCCGCGUCUUCUGUUCAGUGGUUCUGCUGGACUUAUCAGUCGAGAUCACCUUCUAAAGACGUCGUUGAUGAAAGCAACACACGAUCGGACAAAGGAUUCAUACGUUUUACAAUUUGAUCCCAGUUUUGCAGAUCGCUGUGGCAGAACAUUCCUGCGUGGGAAGAACACUAGAAGAAAGAACCAAAUAUCUGAGAGCUGACACGCCCGCCUGCAACACGCUCUGCCGGGGACACGGUUCUCCCGACGGCUCUCUGGGUCUCGCGUCCCAUUUCGAGAACCAUAGUCCAAACUGGACAGGCUGGUGUUGAGCGUCUCUGUGCUGUGGAAUGGCUCUUCUCACCCUGCACAGAACACCUUCUGUCUCCACCGUAAGUAUAGCCUGCUCUCCAUGGCGCCUCAAGCCGCACACAGCAAUAUAGUCAUUAUUGAAUAGGGUUUGGUUUACUGUGUGCCUUGACUGCACAUCAUAUGCCACACUGUGCUGUAGACACACAAACUGCCUGAAUUAGACCAUUCAUGCAGAACCCAUUAGGCUUGCUUCAUGAAAAAACAAUCUUCCCCCGCAGGCGAUGUAACUGUUUGUUGCAUAGCUGCACUGUUUGGCUCGUGGAAAAGCAGGAAUGCUGCAAUUGAAUACCGCUCUGUUAUGUCUAUUAUCGUGGAACAUGAACAAUGCCUAAGCUAGUUUAUAUAGACAGUAGACACCCGAUUCUCACCUAUAAACGGGUAGUCCAUAUCUCAGCCUUACAUUGACACGUAGGCCAAUGCUCCACAAUCUCAUCAACCUUUGUCUAUGGCUUUAUCUGUCGUGUUUAUCUUUUCUUGUUUCACAUGUCAUUCUUUCCCUUUCGCUUGAUUUAAAAACAGCUCAAUGAUUAAACUUUAGUUGCCUCCUAGCUAUGAGUUGUGCUGUGGCCAUGUGAGGUAAAAACUAAGAAGCAUUCCCCGUUUGUAAACUGGCCCGCCUCUCCCCUCUGAUAUAAAAAUAAAAAGCUGUAAUGCUUUCCUACUGUCAACUCAUUUGUUAACUACUCUUCUCUCCUUUUGUAAACGCCCCCAACCCCUUGCAGUGAUCUUCCUAUGCCUGCUUCUCAUCUUAUUUCCCUCUUUUUUUGUUUUGUUUCUUGACUCUGACUGGACAUGUCAGUUGCAUAACAGGUAAUGCCGGUGUCUCAAGUUUCUCUCAAACCCUUUACACCACAGUUAGCUUCUAUUCUCCUCCCUGUCGCUGGUUCCCGAUCCACAUUCUCUCCGUCUUUCUUCUUCAUCCUCUCCUGCACUCCAUGUUAGUUUGUUUGCAUUAAUCCUCAUUUUUUUAACGUGUCGCCCUACCUAGUCCCUGAACCACGUUGUGUUAACACAGCUCCUUGUUAUUCCAGCUCUGUCACUCCUUCAGAGAUGACUGCUGAAUGACAUUUCUGUACAGUUAUGUAACACAUGCAUACACAGAACCGCCCACCCUUCCACUGCCAGGAGUCAGUGAAGGGAGAUGAUUGGAAUGUGUAAAUAUGUAUCUCAUGACCACAUACACACAAACCUACAUUGGACUGCCACAAUGGAAAAUGCUUUGUGUUGUCAUACUAUUGCCUUGUUUAGUUGUGCAGUUGGUAAUAUUUGUGUGUGUUUUUGUUUUUCAAAAGGAUGAAAGCAUCCCUAGGAGAGGAAAUCUACAGAAAAGGGAGAGCUUCGCAUGGGUCAAGGGGGUUGUCCUUCUGCUGGAAGAGGGAGAGAGGGAGGGGUCCAAUGAGGGUCUCUCGCCCGAUCGCAGCCCCUCUCCCAAGCCGGAGGGGGGGCCGCCGCCAGACACGCGCCACAGACACCUCCAGGCCAUGGUCUCGCUGCUCAGACCCGAGGACACCGUCAAACUGGCGGUCCAGCUGGAGUCUUCAAGUCCGGUACGGGUCCGCUACCUGAUAGUGAUCUCCACCUGUAGUAACAAACAUGAGAGCGUCCUGCUGGGAAUGGACUUCCCCAAGGCAGACAGUGACGAGUGCACCAUCGGGUUGGUGCUGCCGGUGUGGAGCGACACCCAGGUUUACCUGGACGGAGACGGCGGAUUCAGUGUGACCACGGCAGAGGAGACCAGAAUCUUCAAGCCUGUGUCUAUCCAGACCAUGUGGUCGGUCCUUCAGGCCCUGCACGGCUGCUGUGAGCGGGCGGUGAAGGGAGCGGUGAUCCCCGGCUGCGGGCUGGACUGGGCCGCCCACUACCAGCGCUACGUGGAGUCGGACCGCUACUGCCUCAACGAGUGGGAGGCCAUGAACGACCUGCAGUCGAUGCGCAAGGAGAGCGAAGGACAGGGGUUCUCCCAGCGCUCCUCCAUCGAGGCCCAGAUCAAGGACCACCUCCGGGACAUCAUGAGGACAGAGGACCUGGACAACCUGACCUCCAAGAUGGUUCGGACCGGUCUGGAGACCAGGAUGAACAUGGACAUGAUGGCCUACAGGGAGUACAUCGACAAUGAGAUGAUGGUCACCUUCGCCCAGAUGGACAAACCCUCCCGGAUCUUUGACUACCUUUACCUGGGCUCAGAGUGGAAUGCUGCCAACUUUGAGGAGCUGCAGAAAAACAAUGUGGGCUACAUCCUCAACGUGACUCGGGAGAUCGACAACUUCUUCCCCGAGGCGUUCACCUACAUGAACAUCAGGGUGUACGAUGUGGAGGCCACCGACCUGCUACCCCACUGGACCGACACCUACCAGUUCAUCAACACCGCCAGGAAGAGCGGGCAGGCGGUGCUUGUGCACUGUAAGAUGGGCGUGUCCCGCUCAGCGUCCACAGUCAUCGCCUACGCCAUGAAGCAGCAGCGCUGGCCCGUGGACGAGGCGCAGGCCUACGUACGGGAGUGCCGGCCCAUCACCAGGCCCAACGACGGCUUCGCCCGGCAGCUGCAGACCUACAACGGCAUCCUGAACGCCAGCCAGCAGCGCCACAGCGCCCUCUGGCGGCGGAAGUCGAGAGAUCAGAGAAAUUUGUCACUUCACAAGGAGGACGAACCAGAAGCCGAAAGGGAUAGCCAAGGGGACGAGGGAGAGGAGGAUUUUGAAGAGGAAGAUACUGAUGAGGACGAAGAAGAAGAGGAGGAGGAGAUACCUGAUAUUGUUGGCAUUGACAAAGUAUUUGAGGACCAGCCUGCAACCAAUCAGGAGCCUUCGCUAAUGGAAGCCCCAGCCCCAGCAGCUGCCACUCCCAAUCCCAAUCCCAAUCCCAAUCCUACGAUCACAGUGCAGGACAGUGACAAGACGGUCCUGAACCGAAGCGGGAGGAUGAACCUCUUCUCUCUGAUGCAGUCCAUCAGCGAGCUGGACGACGACAAGUUACCCAGCAGCCCGCGGCGAUCUCCGAUGCAACGGAGGCGGAGCCAGGCGCGGAAGGGCCUGACUCACCAGAGAGCCUGUGUGGACGUUUCCCCCGAGCCCCGCAGCAAAUCAGAGAAGAGGAUACAGGAUGCGGAUGGGAAAAGCAUGUGAUUGGUUGAACAGAAGAGAGAAGGAGAGUGUUGAUCGAGGGAUUCACUCAAAUACCCUGAUGUCCAAGUAGGCAGAGGUUGUGAAGCGUGACUGAUUGAAGUAUUCUCUCGACAAGCUAUUUGAACGCAGCUGCAUUAUCGCUCUCACUAAUUUAUUGUCACUCUUUUAAAAUAUUGGUCCAAUCUUUUUUUUUAUGCAUCCAUUUCAUUCCGUUGGGGAAUACCUUUUAUAUGCUCGCUGUAUCGUGAGCUGGUCAGUAUUGGGGCCGUUAAAAGCGCAACUGGCCACCAAAUUGGUUUAGGUAUUCAAGACAUUAUUUCUGUUUAUUUCAUGCACGUCUCAGAUCCAGUGGCAUCCCUUACUCUGCUGUUAUUUACUUUGAAUACCCCCCUGGUCCACUCGUGGACCUCACAUAGUAUAGUUCUAUACCUCCCAACUAACGGCAUGUAUAUGCAAUUCAAAGUAUUUUUCCAUUCAACAUGUUUGAGGCUCUAUGCUGCCAGUGUAGAUGAGUUUUGUAAAGAGAGUAACAGUUUACUCUAUGUAUUUACUUAUGGGAGAUUUUAGCUGGGUGCAUAAUAACAAUGUAUUCCAAUAUACCAAUUUCCAACAUACCAACUCUUUUCAUUGUAAAACAACAAAUCUAUAAGUGCCUUAAACAUGAAUUUAGUUUAAGAAAAUUAAGGCUUUUUUUUUUCUUGGAUUUAUUUUUAGGAUAUAUAUUCACUACAAGUUGGUGACUGUUAGUAAGUGUGUGAUUAUGGUUCCAUUUUGUACUUCGCAAUGGGGGAUGUUUUGCUGUUCCUACUUUGAAAGUAUUACAUGCAUAUAUAAAUAUAUAUAGAAAUGCUGAACCAAUGCUGGGGCAUGUCAUUUUCCUUUUUCGUAUCUUCCUUCAAUGAAAGAGGAAUGAAUACAUUCAGGAUUAUGUCCUGAUGUGUAUUUAAUGGAUGUGCUUUUUCACCCCUACACUCUGAUCGGGUUUAUGAUGCUUUGGUGUUCACACUGGCCAACGUAGAACUUGCUGUUUUCAUGGCAUGCAUGAAACACCAUGCACUUUAUUAUUUAAUCACACACACCAUGUCCAUUCCCUGAGCCUAUGGUCACCUUGUGUUAUGAUGAAUUGUAUCAGACGUAUUUCUAUGACCUCCCACGAUGUCUCUCAGCACAUUGCAUAUUUUACCGUUUACAACACUUGCUCUACGAGUGAUCCAAUAAAAUAUUCUACUUAAA